GGGGCUGCACACCCCCCCCACCCCCUCGGGUACGCAGUGGGGGGCUGAGCACCCCCAAACUCGGGGACUCCCUGGAGGGGGGGCUGUAAGGGGGGGUGUGCUCCCUCCACCCAAGGGAGGGGUCCCUCUGCGUUGUAGGGGGCUGGCUUGGGGUCCCCCCUUGAUGCAGCUGCACCCUUAUUCCCCCCCCCGGACCUCCCCCGAGAGGGGUUUGAGGAGGGGGAGCUGCUGGUGUCCCCCCUGCUGUCCCCAGACCCUGGGGAGCCCCCCCAACACCUGCUUUGGGUGGGGGUCACCCUGUUCUCCCCCCCCAUGGGUGAGGGGUGACACCACCCCCCAGGCAGUUCCCUGGGUGACGCCCCCCCCGUCCUGGACUGGCCCUGGGGGUCCGUGGCACUGGGGAAGGGGGUCUCCCCUCCCCGUGGUGACUGGGGGGGUCUGUGGCACUGAGGGCUGUCCCCUCUCUCCGCAGCGCCCCCGCCGGUGCCCCCGGGCCCCCUCGACGCCGGUGCGGGGGGGGGGGGCCCGCCCCCCCCCCGAGGAGCCGACGGACGGGGACAGCGAGGGGCUGUGCUCGCCCCCCACGUCCCCCUCGGGCUCCUACAUGACGGCCGAGGGCGGCAGCUGGGGCUCCUCGGGCACCGCCAGCACCUCCCCGUCCUGCUCCCCCAACCUGGCGGCCGAGGCCGAAGGCCUGGGGGAGGCCGAGGGGGACCCCGAGGGCCUGGGGGGGGCCCUGCUGCUGCCCCCCGGCCUGGGGGACCCCCCGGCCUUCCCCCCGCUGUCCCCCGAGGAGGAGGAUGAGGAGGACGAGGAGGGUUCUUUUGCCCCCGCGGGCUGCGAGGAGGAUGAGGAUGAGGAGGACGGGCAGACGCCGGAGGAGGACGAAGACGAGGAUGAGGAUGAGGUGUCGGGGCUGAUCCCGGCGGCGCUGCUCCCGUUCCGGGGCAGCCUCCUGUUCCAGGCCGAGGCCGUGGAGAUCUCCCCCCGCGCCCCCCCCGGGAACGGGGAGGAGGAGGAGGAGGAGGACGAAGGCAGCACCUCGGCCUCGUUCCUGCGCUCGCUGUCCGAGAGCUCCAUCCCCGAGGGGGGGGACGAGGCCUUCGCCUUCCGCGACGACACCGACGCCUCGUCCGACUCGGCCGCCUACGACGGGGACGAGGACGAGCGGCUCUACGGCACCGAGCGCCACGCGGGGGGCACGGCCACCCCCCCGGGCACCCCCCCGGCCCCCACGGCCACCCCCGGCGUUGAGCUCCACCUUCACGUUGGGUCCCCGUGUCACCCCCCCGCAGAGGGGACGGGCCCCGGGUCUGCGGGGACCCCCCCGGGACUGCCCAGAGGGGACACGGAGCAGGACGGCCACGCCUUUGUCCCCACGGUGGAGGCGUGGUCCCCCCUGGAGCCCCCCGAGGAGGUGGCAGAAAGUUCCGGAGUGGCGGCGCCGGGACAGGGACCUCGCACGGAGCCAGUGGUGACAGUCGGUGUCCCCCCGUGCCCCGGGCUCUGUGCCAGGGACCCCCAGAGCCACCGGCUGAGGGGGGCCAACGGGGAGCCCCGGGACAGCCCUGGGGGUGACAGCGAUGGUGACAGUGACCUUGAGCUCGGCACAGGGAGAGCAGGGAGCACUGACGGCCACGGUGAGCCGGACACCGCGGCCACCAGCCUGGGGACAUCAGUGACACCGAUCCCCUGGGAUGAGACGGACACUGCGGCCACUGAGGAGGUGGCACCAGUGACCCCUGGCCUGGUGGACACUGCGGAGACUGACCCGGGGACAUCAGCGACACCCGAGCUGGACACUGACCUGGAGACACCGGUGACCCCCAGCCUGAUGGACACCAUGGCCGCUGACCUGGUGACACCGGUGACCCCCACCAUGGCCGCUGACCUGGUGACACCCGUGGCACCAAUCGUCCUGGAUGAGAUGGACGCUGUGGCCACCAGCCCGGUGACACCCAGCCCGCCUGGUGAGCCAGACACUACGGCCACUGCCAUGGUGACACCAGUGACACCAACCCCUCUGGGUGAGCCAGACACUGAUCUGGGGACACUGGUGACACCCAGCCUGAUGGACAGCACGGGCACCGGCCCAGUGACACCCAGCCCACCAGACACUGUGGCCACUGAGCUGGUGACACUGGUGACACCCAGCCCAUUGGAUGAGCUGGACACUGUGGCCACUGACAUGGUGACACCAACCCCACUGGAUGAGCCGGACACUGCAGGCACUGCAGUGGUGACACCAGUGACACCCGACCUGAUGGACAGCACGGCCACCGACCUGGUGACACCGGUGACACCAACCCCCCUGGAUGAGAUGGACACUGUGGACACUGACCUGCUGACAACGAGCCCCCCAGAUGAGCUGAACACAGUGGCCACCAACUUGGUGACACCAACCCCACUGGACACUGUGGCCACUGACCUGGUGACACCAGUGACAGCAAACCCACCAGAUGAGAUGGACACUGCAGCCACUGACCCGGUGACACCGGUGACUCCCAACCUGCUGGACAAGAUGGACACUGUGGACGCUGGCCUGGUGACACCGGUGGCAUCCACCCUGAAGGAUGCUGUGGUCACUGAUGUGCUGACAUCAGUGACACCCACCCUGAUGGACACUGUGGCCACCAACCUGGUGACACCAACCCCACUGGAUGAGAUGGACACUGCAGCCACUGCCCCGGUGACACCAGUGACCUGCAGCCUGAUGGACACCGGGGACACCGAGCCAGUGACACCGGUGACACCAACCCCGCUGGAUGACGUGGCCUCUGACCUGGUGACCCCCAGCCUGAUGGCCACCACGGCCAGUGCCCUGGUGACCCCAGUGACCCCCAGUCCAGUGGCCACCACAGCCAGUGCCCUGGUGACCCCAGUGACCCGCAGCCCGGUGGCUACCACGGCCAGUGCCCCGGUGACCCCGAGCCCCCCGCCCCAGCCCGUGUCCUCCGUGGUGCUGGCAGCUGAGAUGACCCUGUCCCACGAGCCCCCGGCUGCCCUCCCGUGUCCCCCGUCACAGGGGUCACUGUCACAGCCCCCCAGGGAGGUCCCCGAGGCCCCCAAGGGGUGGGGGGACGUGGCCACCACCUCACCCGAGGGCUCGUCCCUGGAGCUGCCGGAUGCAUCUCGCUCCUGCCCUGACUCCAGCCUCGACAGCGCCGGGGAGGGCCCCCCACGCCCCCCCGGGCCCCCAGCCCCCCCUGCACCCUCAGGGAGCCAUUGGAGGAGGAAGAGGCAGAAGAGAAGGGGGAGGAGGAUGAUGAGGGUCCCACGGCCCCCCCGCCCCUGUUCACGGCCUCGGAGCGGGAGGUGUUUGUGGGGACCCCCCCGGCCCCCCCCGAGCUGCUCCCACCACCCGGUGCCUUUUCGGGGUGCGGGGCCGGCCCGGGGGUCACCGCCCUGCCCCGGGGGGCCCUCGAGGACCUGCCCCCGCCCCUGCAGGACCCCCACCCCCCGGCCGGGCCCUGAGCCCCCCGGCCCCACUGAGGGGGGCACCAAUGCCAAAGUCCCGGGGGAGGGUGGCCCCCCAAGCCCCCCCGGCCCCCCAAGAUCUCCCCCAGCUCCCCCUGAGCAGCAGCAGCAGCAGCAGGAGGAGGCGGUGGGGGAGGUCUCCUCCAGCCCCCUUCCCGCCGUGGGGGCUCAGCAGGGGCCCCCCCAGGAGCCGACCCCCCCUGAGCCCCCCCACCCUGUGCCCCCCAAACUCAGCCAAGUGCCUCCUCCCGCCGCCGUGUCCCUGCUGGCCCCGGCCCCCCCCGGGCCCCUCCCCAGCCAGGAGCCCCCCCCGGGGCUGCCCCCCUCCAGGAAGCACCUCGAAGCCCCCCAGCCCCCCCUGCAGAAGGAGCCGGAGCCCCGGGGCCGAGCAGUGGGGCCGGGGGCUGGGGGGGGCCGGGGGCCCCCCCGGGGGUCUCUGCAGUCGGAGUCGAGCUCGUCCAGCGAGGCUGAGACCCCCCGGGCUGACCCGGCCCCCCAGCGCUGCCAGCCCAACCACCGAGGGUCCGGGAACGAAUCCGAGAGCAACGACGAGUCCAUCCCGGAGCUGGAGGAGCCCGAGGGCUCGGAGCCGCCCCCCGCCCAGCCCCAGGUGCCCCUGGGCCACGCGCUCGGCCCCGGAGAGGAACCGCUGAGCAAGGCCAAGCAGAGCCGGAGCGAGAAGAAGGCCCGGAAGGCCAUGUCCAAGCUGGGGCUGCGGCAGAUCCACGGCGUCACCCGCAUCACCAUCCGCAAGUCCAAGAACAUCCUGUUCGUCAUCUCCAAGCCCGACGUGUUCAAGAGCCCCGCCUCCGACAUCUACAUCGUCUUCGGGGAGGCCAAGAUCGAGGACCUGUCCCAGCAAGUGCACAAAGCGGCGGCCGAGAAGUUCAAGGUGCCGCUGGAACACUCGGCCCUGGUGACAGACACGGCCCCCGCCCUCGCCAUCAAGGAGGAGAGCGAGGAGGAGGAGGAGGUGGACGAGACGGGGCUGGAGGUGCGGGACAUCGAGCUGGUGAUGGCCCAGGCCAACGUGUCCCGCCCCAAAGCCGUGCGGGCCCUGCGGCACAACAACAACGACAUCGUCAACGCCAUCAUGGAACUGACCAUGUAGCGGCCGGGGCUGGCCUGGCCCCCCUGUAUAGAUGCACAGAGACCCCCAGAUCCUUCCUCCUGCCCCCCAGCCUCCUUCUCCCCCCAUGGACCGCUCAAUAAAGGCCUCCUGCACCCCUUGGAUCGCA